AUGCAGCGCGGCAGCAUCAGCUUGAUUCAGCAGCUGGGAGAAAGAUGGCUGACCUUGUUGAGACGCCUUCAAGAUGAUCCCAAGCUAGCACAAGUGAUGAAUACAAGGGUUGGGCAGUAUCUCCACAGCCGACCUUUCUUGGCUCUCGCCCUGCUGCUGUUCAGCGCCAUGGCUGCUCUGCCCAUUGGGCUCUUCUUUUUGUUUGCCCUCAUCACUAUAGUUAUGUCAGUUGUGGGAUUUGUUUUCUUUGAGGCGUUCCUUCUGUUUGUUGGAGGAAUGACUUUGCUGUCUGUGCUCUCCGGCAUCGCCCUCUUUUCUCUGCUGGUCUCGGUCAUCGUUACCGGUGUGCUUGUCACCAUUCCCGGUCUGCUGAAGCGUUAUUACCCUCAUGUGACAAAGAGGAAGGAGAGUGAGGAAGAAUCUCCAGAACUGAACCAAAAGUAGUAAAAUGUCCCUAACGACCUCUCUAAUUGGAGUUUUGAGUCCGCUCUACUGGAGAUGGUCCGGAUCUGAGGUGCUAAGCACAAAAACUCUGCCAAGGUCACUUCUUUCUGAACACAAAGUGUCCUUGCUGUUUUAAUGAGAGGAGUGUGAAGUUUUUAUCUGUUUACAGUGCAAUAUGUGUGAAUGUUUUUAUACUCCUCACUCCUCCAACUUUGGGCUUACCAAAUGUUUUCAGUCAAAUGUUCAUCCUGUUACCGGAUCAAGAUCCAGCUACAGCAACACAUAUUCUGCAAAUCUAUUUUCUGUCCAUUUAGCUACAACAUGUAUUUACAUGUGUAAUAUUUAUAUAGUUUGUUAAAUAGUUACAUAAAAUUACAGAAUCACCAGUCCUCUUCUCUACUUGUAUUUUUGUCUCUUAUUUUAAGGCUACAAAGCUGUGUUUAAAGGUAGUUUUAAUCAUUUCUAGAAGACU